AUGAGCUCUGACUUUUAGCACUUUUCACAUUUCAAAGGAAGUCAAGUGUACGCAUCCACGACCACGACUUAAUGUUAUGGUCUGCGCGUUGCGACACUUUCACCCCUCUUUUAGGUUACCCCACCACACCACAACCCCCCUCGUUUCUUAUUCCACGACACGGAAUCUGUUCCAUUUGAACAAAUGAUUGGAACACCCCUCGAGACUGGUUCUCCAAUUGUAACCUAAAAUGCAGGCAAGGAGGGGUUGCUUUGGAGUGCCAGGCAUUCUACAAAUGUAGUUCGGGUGUGUGGUCAUGACUGCAAAGACAUUUGCUUAUAUUGACGUCCUGUGUUAUCUAUACUUUAGAAGCCUCGACGCUGCGUCCUGCCUAUCAUUUGAUCCAUAGAAAAUUAAGAAAGAUCAUCAGCCUCGGUAUUAUAUUUAUUUAGUCGGUAGAUAUUGUUUGUCAUUUAGGGGUAAACAACCAAAUCUACAAGAUGUGAUGUCAGUCAACAGCAACACGUGCAGGUUUGCGCUUGCUUCAGUGACUGCACUCUGCCCUUUAGGCUGCUGCGUAAAGAUUGUAGGCUAUGCAAAGCUUUCAAAAGCUACCGCUUAAUAAAUCCCUUACUGGAAUAAUUCAGAAAGCGGAAUCUUUCCAUUCAGCCUUUAGAUGUUUAAAAUAAAUAAACGUUAACGUAUCACACUAUGCAAAUGGUGAAAGCGGUGUUCUAUUGGUUUUUAUCAGUGAAUUAUCAGUCGUAAACUAUCAAAAAAUGAAGAUGGACUGCAAAUGGUUCAUGUUGAUCCGUUUGAGGUCGGCACGCAGCAUGUGUUCACUGCCCUUACGUCCAUUUGCAACUUCAGGUUCAUGGUUAGUGUAGGAAAUAUUGUAUGCGUUCCACGAUCGUGGAGCCCUGUGAGUUGCACUUGCCCUCUCUUGCCCUCAUCCAAUAGCAUUUUUAAAGGAUAUAUUCCGUGUAUGUGUGUGCGUGUGUGUGUGUGUGCGCGCGCGCGUGUGUGUGUGUGUUAGAGAAGGAGAAAUUAAUGUGCAUGUGCAGAGUGAUUAGUGGGUUUGAAAAGCAAGCUCUGGCUCUGCCCGGUUUCCCGCUCUGGCACCACGAAGUAGGAGGAAGUGUUUCGCUAGAAGAUGAUGACAGAGGUCAGGCACUGCUAAUGGGCCACUGAAGAGGAGUGGAGGCGAGGCACAGACCAGGAACACAUACAUUAAUACACUAGUACCAUCACCAAUCAGCAUAGGGAUUUCAAUCUCCAUUCAAGAUCACUUGGAAAAUAUAUACAAGGACAAUUAUUCGACGGGGCUAUCCAGCGCUGUGGCUCCGUCUCUUUUGCGCUCAGACUUAUCAACAAGGGCUUUGGCUGCAGUGUAACACAGGAUGCCUCAAAAAGGGAGAAUAUAUUAACUAGUGAGAAGCAGAUGAGAGUCUUUAAAUUGUUUUAAGCGGACAGUCCACACUGUUUCCAGAAUACUAUAACCGGGCCACGUGGGAAUCUGGCGUUGCGUCCAUGAUGCAAAACAAGGUGUAUGACAUCUGUAACGAAGGUCACAGCGGAGUGAAUCAGCUUGGCGGAGUGUUCGUCAACGGCAGACCCCUGCCCGACUCAACCAGACAGAAAAUAGUCGAGCUUGCUCACAGUGGCGCGCGGCCGUGCGAUAUAUCCAGGAUUCUGCAGACCCAUGGUGAUGCAAAAGUCCAAGUGCUGGACAAUGAAAACGUGUCAAACGGCUGUGUGAGUAAGAUUCUGGGCAGAUACUAUGAAACUGGCUCCAUCAGACCAAGGGCGAUCGGGGGUAGCAAACCAAGAGUAGCAACUCCCGAGGUGGUCGGAAAAAUUGCCAUAUACAAGAGGGAGUGCCCGUCAAUCUUCGCGUGGGAAAUUCGUGACAGACUGCUUUCGGAGGGGGUCUGCACAAACGAUAAUAUACCCAGUGUAAGUUCAUUGAGUGUGUCAUCGAUAAACAGAGUACUGCGCAACCUGGCUAGCGAAAAGCAACAGAUGGGCGCAGAUGGCAUGUAUGAGAAGUUGAGAAUGCUGAACGGUCAGACUGGGACGUGGGGAACCCGGCCGGGCUGGUACCCCGGAACCUCAGUGCCAGGACAACCCAACACAGAUGGUUGCCCACCGUCAGACGGUGGAGGUGAGAACACUAAUUCAAUAAGUUCGAAUGGAGAAGACUCGGAUGAGACCCAAAUGAGACUUCAGCUGAAAAGAAAAUUGCAAAGGAACCGCACUUCGUUCACACAAGAACAGAUAGAAGCGCUCGAGAAAGAGUUUGAAAGAACUCACUAUCCAGAUGUUUUCGCAAGGGAAAGACUUGCUGCAAAAAUUGACCUCCCAGAGGCCAGAAUACAGGUGUGGUUUUCAAAUAGAAGGGCAAAGUGGAGGAGAGAGGAGAAACUCCGGAAUCAAAGGCGGCAAGCCAGUAACUCCUCCAGUCACAUCCCUAUCAGCAGCAGUUUCAGCACCAGUGUCUACCAGCCCAUCCCACAGCCCACGACACCAGGUUGGAUAUCGUUCUCGUCAGGAUCCAUGUUGGGAAGACCAGACACAGCCCUUACAAACACAUACAGUGCCCUGCCACCUAUGCCAAGCUUCACCAUGGCCAACAACCUGCCUAUGCAAGCUCCUGUGCCCAGCCAGACCUCCUACUCCUGCAUGCUGCCCACCAGUCCCUCAGUCAACGGGCGGAGCUACGACACGUACACCCCUCCUCAUAUGCAGGCACAUAUGAACAGCCAGUCAAUGGCAGGCUCAGGAGGCAACUCAACAGGUCUCAUCUCUCCUGGAGUAUCUGUUCCUGUCCAAGUGCCAGGCAGUGAAGCAGACAUGUCCCAGUACUGGCCCAGGCUACAGUAGAGACACGACUACCGUCAACGUGUGACUCUUCGGAUAUUGUCUUGAACGAAGUGGCUGUCCAGCAGUAUUUAAUUACAGACAAGAGAAAAUAGACUCUAAAAGACACUAUUUUGUACUGGGAUUGUGCCAUUCUCUAUCAUUCUUUGGAGGCAAAGACUUGAAAAAGAAAAAAAGAGAAAGGACUUCUGUAAAGUGCCCGGUGUAACAUCCUUAAUGAGGGGAAAAAAUAUCUCUGUUCUCCGUUUCCAACUUAUGUCAUUUUUGGUGUAUUUGUAUAUGGCCAUUUGUAUGUCAUAAUGAAAAAACAACAACGUGGAUGGACUGUGAAACUGAGUUGUUCCUUGCUUCUGCUGAAAAGAAGAUCAUUUGUGAAGAAUUUUCUGCCAUUAAUAGUUUUUGUCAACGUAUAUCAAGAAGCUCUCCCAGUCUGUGUACAGAAUGUGGACUCUGGUGAAACAAGUUUGUAUCAUUCAAAGGCAGAGCUGGACCAGCAGGUACCAGCUGGGUACGAGAAGCCCAUUUCUCUGUUCUUUUCUUUUCCAAAGCUUUCUGGCAGAAUCAUUGUAAAUGGAAAGCAUUAACCGCUAAAAAAAGAGGUGAAAAAAACAAUUGGUAGCUAAAAACUGUAGAUUGUGUCUUCGAUAUAAUUCAGUUUGUUAUGUCGAAAUGUAAGUAUUGGUCUUCCCUAGCAGUCUCCCGGACACAAUUUCUAUAAUAAAGUUAAUUUCAUUUAUAUUUCUCUGAAUAUUCUAUGUGUGUUUUAUACACAUCUUCAAGUAAUUUCAUUCAAUUGGGUACAAGUUCUUUGUUAUAGUUGUAGUUAAGAGUUUUACCUUAUUCUGUCCCACUAAAACCUUUCACUGCAACAAUGCAUAGUAGCGCAAGGCCUUAGAGCCUUUUGAGGUUUGCAUCUAUACAUGUCUGAAUUAACCAUUCUUGAUUGUACAAACAGACCAAAGCCUUUGUAUAUAAUUUAUGACACACCCUCCAUUUCCUUUUGUAGUCUUCUGUUGCCAAUUUUGUAAAUAUUUUGUUGACAGAGUUUUAAAUGUUAGUUUAUCAGCUAGUCUUUAACUUAUGAGCGAAAACCAGACAUGUCCUUAUAGCGGGUUGACCAGACCUUUGCUUGUCAGCGCUUUAAUUUGUCUGACAUGAGAGGAUCCUGAAAAGUUACUUUUCACGAAAAGUUUUGCUCUACGACCCCCACAAGCUUCAUGAGAGUCGCCUGAAGUCGGUGACACUGACGUACCAACUCCGAACAAGUCUUCUCACAAAAUCGCCUGUCUAGUCUGAACGGUUUGAGUUAGAAUCUAUUCGGACCCCACUACCGAAAGCUGAGAUUCACACAAACACGGAAAUGUUGUGCUCCAUGACCCACACAAGCCCAUUGCUGGGUGGUGAAAAUGAACAUAAGUGAAUGAGGGGUAGAAUGUGCCAAAACAAAGGGGUAAAUAUGGGUCUAAAAAUAGCUAAAUGAUCCAUGGUAUGACCAUCUGAAGCUUAGUAGAACAUCCCCCCCAAGGCUUAGGCUCAAGAGGGUUAGCUAGUAAUAAAACAUUUAUUAAAAAGAUAGGUGUCCAAAUUAUUGACACCCCUGUUUUGAAUACUCCGGCACCCUCCCCUUGCGAGGAUAAUGGCACUGAGCCUUUUAAAAUAUAUAUUUUAUGAGAUUGGAGAACACAUUGGGAGGGAUCUUAGACCAUUCCUCCACACAGAAUCUUUCCAGAUUCUUGAUAUCCUUCUUUCUGUGAUUAUGGACUUCCCUCUUCAAUUCAAACCACAGGUUUUCAGUGGGGUUCAAGUCCGGAGACUGAGAUGGCCAUUGCAAAAUGUUGAUUUUGUGUUCAAUUAAGCAUUUCUUUGUGGAUUUUGAUGUGUGCUUGGCGUUAUUGUCUUGCUGGGUGAUCGAUCCACUUGCGGCCAAGUUUCAAACUCCUGGCAAAGCCAACCAGGUUUCUGGCUAAAAUGUUUUGGUACUUGGUAAAGUUCAUGAUGCCAUUGACCUAACAAAGGCCCCAGGACCAGUGGAAGCAAUACAGCGCCAUAACAACAAUGAUCCACCACCAUAUUUUACAGUAGGUAUGAGGUUCUUUUCUGCAUAUGCAUCCUUCUUUCAAUGCCAAACCCACCACUGGUGUGCGUGGCCAAAGAGCUCUAUGUCAUCUGACCAUUGCACUGGUUCCAAUCCAAGUGUCAAUGCCAUUUAGCAAACUAAAGGCGUUUACACUUGUUGGUUUCACUCAAUCAAACCUUUUUUCUGGCAACCAUUUUAAAGAGUCUCAUUGUAGAUUUUGAGACUUGUUGACCCGAAGAUGCGACCAAGUUCUGUAUUUCUACAACUUUGGCCCAUGGAUUUGUCUUUGCUUCCCAUACCAUCUUCCUCACUGUGAGUGGAGACAAGAUACAUUUGCGUCCAAUACCGGGCAAGUUUACCACUGUUCCAGUGGUUUUUAAUCUUCUUAAUUGUUGCCCUAAUAGUGGUAAGUGGUUUAUAUAUAUAUAUAUAUAUAUAUAUAUAUAUAUUAUUUUGGGGUAUUUUUUGGUACCCAUUGCCUGGUACUCAUUUCCUGAUUGAUGAAGUUCAACAACCAUUUGUCUCUUUUCCUUUGUGAGUUCUCUGCCAUUUCCCAUGGUGAUGGAGGACAAAGGGAUUUUACAUGUGUAAAGCCAUAAACUGAGCUUAAUUUAAAAUAAUGAACGUAUUAAUGCAGAUUACAUUUUGUUUGAUUUUAUUUGUAAUAAUCUUUAGGGGUGGCAAUACAUUUGACACAUCUUUUUGAGAGAAAAAAAUGGUAUUACUUGUUAAAUAAAAUAUAUUUCUCUGAACAAUUGUAUUAGUAUAAAAUAAGAUAAUUUCCCCAAUUAUUUUUAGCAUACAAUACGCUGAGCAUUUGUAUUAUUUAUUUAUACGGUCUUGUUUUGCUCAUCUUUAUCAAGAGUGCCAAUCAUUUUGGAGGUGACUGUAGCAAUUUAAGAGUUUAUUUCCAAAAAGCUAUAUACACCAAUUUUUCACAUUUGUGUUUUUUCAUCAAAAUUGACUGCUUAUAGGUACCUUCAUGUGUGUAAAUGUUAGUGUUCUCAGAUUUUUAAUUAAUAGAUUUUAGAUGUGUAUGAAAAUGUUUUUUUUUGCAAAACACUAUAUGUACAUUGUUUAGCUGGAAUGGAAUGUUCAAAUCCUGUAUAUUUGACUGUGAUAUGUGGUUGUCUCACCUAGCUAUCUUAAGAUGAAUGCACAAACUUUAAGUCGCUCUGGAUAAGAGCAUCUGCUAAAUUACUAACAUGUCAAAUGUAAAUGUUUUACAUACAGAUCUCAUACUACUUACUGUAUUGAAUUAUAAUUUGUAUUUUUUUGAUAUUGAUGUCACAAAUGUAUCAUUUGUACAUUGAUUUAUUAAACAUGUACGUAUUUGUUACA